AUGGCCGAGAAAAAUGAAAAUCCUAAAACCACACAGCCAGGAGAGAUAGUAAACCAUGACUCGAAAAUUGACCAAGGUGAGACGGUCAAUCUCAGUACAAAACUAAGCAAUAUAGCGGUGGUGAAUUCCUCGAUACAAACCGUCUCGAAGACAUGUCAUACCAUCAAAGAAUCGAAUUCUUACGUUGGCUAUGGAAUGACCGUCGCUGAAUCAUCGCUAGACAAGGCAUUCAAGGCGGGAAAAGCUGUGCUUGACUCGAGAACUUUGGCUCCUAUUACCAACACUGCUAUGGAAAACAGUAAGUUAAAAACCUUUUGUAAAAUAUUCUUGUGUGUAGCGUUUGAACCAGAAUCGGAGACCUUGCUCCUUAGAACUUGCUCUAUUCUAGUUGAUUAAUGGCUUAACGAUCAAAUACUGUCCAUUAUAACAUAGACAAUCGAGAAGACAUGUCUUCUGGAUUGUCUAUGAUUAUAAGUAGCAACACUAUUUCAUGAACAGCCCAUACGGCUUUAUAUGAAUAUUGAGCCGCAUUCGUUUUGUUUUGCGUGUUUUCCAAUGGCGAUGUAGCAUUAACCGCUGGUUUGAUUUGGAAAAGUCAAACAAGAAAGCACUCUUUGCAUGCGACUAAGACGAUGUUUACACUAUACCGAAUAGAUUUCCACAGCGCCGCGAGAAAGCACCCGGCCCUGCUAUCUGGUACAGGUGUAAACGUAACCUAAAAUUGAAGUAAGACGUUUUCUAAACUCUGAAAACUGUCAUAUAUUUAGUUCGAUAUCUGGACAAAGAAGCCGGGGUGAUGGUUGAUAAAUUCUUAAAAUCAAAUGACAAACAGAGUGAAGAAAGACAGGCAAACGGAGGAGUGCAAGAUAUCACUGAGUAUACAACUACUGAGUCAAAUAGCCUCGUUGUCAAUAACGAAUCCAUGAUUUACUUUUUGGGAAGAAAAUUUGUCGAGGUAAAAUAUUUUGUAGGUUUAUGAUUUUGGUUAUGCUAUUGGUUCCAUUUGUGCCUGGGGAGUUUUGCAUGGGCAGAACUACCAGAGUAAUGAAAUAUCAUUUGGUCAAUAUUCUGUAUUUUAUGAUCAUUUCAGGUGACUUCUUUCCUGAUAUUAUUGCCAUAUUUUGGUCCCAAGUUCGCCCUGUCCACCAUUUUGGGAUUGGUAAGUAAUUAUGGUUACAUAUUGAGUAGUUGUGUAUCUUGUAGUCGUGUCAGAUUCCUAUUCUGGCGUACGUAAUCGAAUAAGCUCGUGUAAAAGUGGUCGCAUUUCAGAUUUCGCCAUAAACGAAAUGAAGAGGCAUCAGUUCUAAUUUUCAUUUUCGUACGCCACAAUACGAUCCGUACACGUCAGAUCGCAUCGUGUAAACGUGUCUUCAAUUCCUUCGCUGCCCACCGCCCCCUUGCCCCCGCCCCGUUGACCUUGACCCCGCCCUUCGCCCCCUUCUAUGAGAAGUGAGGACCGUCCUUGCUUUCCUAGUUCCAUGGCAGUUCAAACGAGGUAGGCCGUAAGCGAAAGGAACGCGGCUCGCUGUCAGAAGAAGUGAAGUAUAUGGAACCAUCGCCCGUCAAGAGAAAAUAUGGCGACAGACUGAGCACGUCCUCUGAAGAAGGGACGUUGGUGGAAAUACUUCAUGAUUAUAUUAGUGAAGAUGAUCCCGAUUAUGAGCCGAAGGAGCACGAGUCUGAGGAAAGCAGUGAGGAGUCUGGGAACGAGGAAAACCGAGAGGAGAAAGUGAAGGAGUGUUUGGACUUGACACAAGAUUUAGAAGAGGUAUUUAAGGCUUUAAGGUGCUUAUAUUAGCAUGAUAAAAUUACUAGAUGCUGAUUGACUGAGAGGAGUACAAUUAUUUCAUUAAUUACUGCAGUACAAUUAUGAUUUUCCCAAAGUAAACAAAAUGGCGGAAAGGUAUUUAAACACAAAUUAAAUUGCCCUAGAGGAACUUAAUUAAAGCAAAAGAACUAAGUGAGAAUACGAACAAAAGCACCAAAUGUUGGUUGAAAGUCUGGCAGGACUGGGCUUUGGCGAGAGAAUAUGAUGUUGACACUGAGAAUUAUCCAUUAAGUAGAAUUGAGGGGAUUAAGCCCUCCCUCCCUUAAAAAAAUGUGUGAGAAUUUAAUAUGAAGUUUAAAUUUUUAGAUGGGCGUUCCACUCAGUCCUGAAAUGCAGCGAAAUGUGGAAAAGUUAAAAAAUGAAGCGAAUGAGGUACUUUUAAACUAUCAUUAUUUCUUUACUGUCGUUCCAAUUGAAGUGUUCCUCAAAUAUUGAUUCAAUACAUUACCUCAGGCUGACCAAUUCAUUUCAUCAAGUUCCUCGAGAUAUUCAUACACUUCCUGUGAAAGAGCCAAUUCCAAGAAUUUUAUCAUUUCUGGUCACUUCCUUUCUAUUUAUGAUUGGUUAGUUGCACAGACAACAAAGGUGAUUGGUGCAUUCAAACUAUUCAACAGGAAGUUUACAAUUAUACUAGGAAGUGUAUGAAUAUUUCGAGGAACUUGAUGAAAUGAAUUGGUCAGCCUGAGGUAAUGUAUUGAAUCAAUAUUUGAGGAACACUUCAAUUGGAACGACAGUAAUAUUGAUUGAUGUUGAAAUGCAUGUACCGGCAUUAAAUACUGACAGACAUAACUUUUGUUUUUCAAAGGCCGAGACGAGUAAAUGCCAGUCUACUCCUAAGAAAACAGAAGUAAUGGAAAUGAUCGAAAGGACCACUCGAGGAAAAACCGAAAAUAAAACCACGGAUACGCAUGCUACCGAAGAAAAGUUACAAGAAAUCUCUCUUAAAGAGUCUGCAAACGAAGGCAAAGGUAAAACGGAAGCCUUGAAGGACGUGAAAGAAAGCAAGGGAAGCAAGAUUGACCCUUCUUUAAAAACUCGACGAAGCUCAAAAUCGCCAUUGUUAGAGAAACUGCUUUCGCCAGGAAGGCGAAGUCGAAAAAGCCAAAAAGAAAAAACAAAAACGGGGAAGGAUAGUUCGGAGACCGCCGGCCUUACCGAAGAUGUCGCCGAAGUAAGCACGAGUAAAUCCGAAGGUAACACGAAAGCGGAGACGAAAAUUCACGCCGAAAAGUUGACCGAUAGUUCAAAAAUUCCCAAAGUCGAAGCGAAGGUUGACGAAACGACAAAGUCGAAGGGGAAAUCAGAGGAGGGGCAAAAGAAGUCGGAAAAGGCUGAGAGUUCGAAGGGGGAAGCGAAGACCGGCGACGGCCAUCACCAUGGAAACGAGGCAUUGUCAAACGUCACUGGUCCAUUUGAUAUUUUCAAAUUUGGCGGGAAAAAGUCCAAAUAA